UAUAACACCCUUUCUUCACAUUUAUUUCUCUCCAUUGAUUUUGCCAAAAGAUGGGGAAGCUUUCCAAGUACCGUGGUGUUUUUUGUGUGAUGUUGGUAUUGUUGGUGAUAGGAUUGGCGGAAUGUCGGAAAAUUGAGGAAGAUACAUUUUCUGAUGGCAUAGGAGGUGGUUUGGGUGGUGGAGGUGGAGGUGGAAAAGGUGGCGGUUUUGGAGGUGGAGUAGGAGGUGGAGGCGGUGCUGGAGGAGGGAUAGGAGGUGGAGGCGAUGCAGGUGGUGGCAUUGGAGGAGGGAUUGGAGGUGGAAGUGGUGUAGGAGGAGGGAUUGGAGGUGGAGGUGGGAAAGGUAGUGGCAUUGGAGGUGGGAAAGGUGGUGGAGUAGGAGGUGGAGGCGGUGCAGGUGGUGGCAUUGGAGGUGGGAAAGGUGGUGGAGGUGGUGGUGGAGUAGGAGGUGGAGGCGGUGCAGGUGGUGGCAUUGGAGGUGGGAAAGGUGGUGGAGGUGGUGUUGGAGGAGGGAUUGGAGGUGGAGGUGGGAAAGGUGGUGGAGGUGGUGUAGGAGGAGGGAUUGGAGGUGGAGGUGGGAAAGGUGGUGGAGUAGGAGGUGGAGGCGGUGCAGGUGGUGGCAUUGGAGGUGGGAAAGGUGGUGGAGGUGGUGUUGGAGGUGGGAAAGGUGGUGGCAUUGGAGGUGGGAAAGGUGGUGGAGUAGGAGGUGGAGGCGGUGCAGGUGGUGGCAUUGGAGGUGGGAAAGGUGGUGGAGGUGGUGUUGGAGGAGGGAUUGGAGGUGGAGGUGGGAAAGGUGGUGGCAUUGGAGGUGGGAAAGGUGGUGGAGUAGGAGGUGGAGGUGGUGCCGGAGGAGGAAUUGGAGGUGGAGGCGGUACUGGUGGUGGCUUUGGAGGUGGAAAAGGUGGUGGUGUUGGAAGUGGUGCAGGUGGUGGCGUAGGAGGUGGCGGUGGUGCUGGAGGAGGCAUUGGAGGUGGAGGUGGAGGCGGUGCUGGAGGAGGGAUUGGUGGUGGAAGUGGUGUAGGAGGUGGCUUCGGAGGUGGAAAAGGUGGUGGUGUAGGAGGUGGAGGUGCGGGUGGGGGCUUUGGGGGUGGUAAAGGUGGGGGAGUAGGAGUAGGAGGUGGUGCCGGUGGUGGUUUUGGCGGCGGCGGCGGCGGUGGAGGGGGAAUUGGUGGCAGUUUUUAAAUAUUGAUCCGAAAACUUACAAGGAUCGUAGUUGCAAUGUAAUAUGAUGCCAUGUUCAUGCAUGGAUGUAUACUAAUAUUAUCUAAUUAGAAAGUCGAAUAAAUCGAGCUAGGCUACUACUUUAUGCAAAAA